AUGGCCUUCAGACGCCCAAUUUCCAUGACCGCGCGCCGCAUGGCUGGCCCUGGAAACGCGCAACAGCACGAAGGAACCGAAGAGCAUCGCAAAAUACAGACCGAAAAGCCACUCAAUCCACAUAUGACAAACACCAACUCAACAAUUGCAAAUGAGAUGCCGUCGGUGGGCAAACAGAAGGCGCCCCCGGAGCUGAUAACCUCUGUUGAUGGCGAUUUCGUCCCUAAAGAUUCCGUACCGGAGAACACAGAACGUAUGACUGGCGGCACACAAAAAGGAGAACCAGAAUCGGGCGAGAAUGCAGAUAUGAAAAUCGGUGAAAGUGGUAGUCAAACUGAUGGCGAGAUUGGAGUAGGAGAAAUGGAAGGAGCCAAGUUUAAGGUUGAACCUCUACGAAGAACGGGCGAGGAUGCAAAUACCAUGAGAGCUAGAUUGCUAUAUCAAAGUCGUAAGAGAGGUACUCUGGAAAGCGAUCUCCUAAUGUCUACAUUCGCAGAGGCACAUUUACGAGACAUGACUGUAGCUCAGAUGGCACAAUUCGAUCUGUUUUUGGAUGAGAAUGACUGGGAUAUAUACUACUGGGCAACACAGGAGCCGUCGCCAACCUCGAGAGAAACUGCGGAAGGUGCCGGAGGUGGACCUGAAGGCGCUACGCUGAACGCACGGGGAAUUGACAAGAAUGGUCCAAAGUUGGAGACUGAUGAGUGGCGUCAAGGCAAGCCAAGGAGUGGAGAAUGGGCACAAACGGUCGGUACAUUCAAACCUGCAUAUCGGCCCGUACCAGCAAGGUGGAAGAAUAGUGAGAUUCUGGGUAUGUUACGACGCCAUGUCAUCUCACGAUCUGCUGGUGGCGUACUCGAGGGAACGGAUGUAGGUGUUGAUGGAGCAGAGCAGAGCAUGAAAGGAACGGGAGGUGGUGGAAUGGCUUUCAUGCCACCAGUCUUUGAGACUGACAGACCAUGA